AUGUCAGAUCAUGGUUCUGCGUUCCUUAAAACUGCUCGUCAGUUAAAUGAAUUGAAGAAGAGCCCCCGAACGGCUUCCUUUCUAGCUGGGCGGCGGAUGGAGUGGCGGUUUAUUCCACCUGCUGCCCCUUGGUGGGGUGGCUUUUGGGAACGAUUGGUCCGAAGCAUAAAAGACAACUUGAAGAAAAGUCUUGGAUUUCAAUGUUUAAAUUACGAAGAGAUGGCUACUCAUGUCAAAUCUAUGCAAGCCGUGAUUAAUUCUAGACCAUUGAUGCGGGACGUGGACUCCCCGAACGAUUCCGCAACUUAUGUGACACCUAGUGAUCUCCUCAUCGGACGACGAGCUGUAGCAUUUCCCUCUUCCCUUGAAUUAAAAAACUUUAACUCAAAUGAAAAUUCGGAAAAGCUAACAAGGCGUUUGCGACAUCAAAAACAAGUUUUCGACCGUGGCUGGAAGAACUGGACCGACUGUUACCUGCGGGACUUGCGCAAUUUCGCUCAACGGGAUCGGCCGGAAACAUCGCAACAAAUUCGGGUUGAUCAGAUGGUUAUGAUACGGGAUGACCUCCUACCCCGACUCAAGUGGAAGGUAGGUCUGGUCACAAAGUUGCAUUUGGGCAGGGAUGGGCGAGUACGUAUGGUGGAGAUUCGACUCCCCUCCGGUCAUUCGACUACCCGUGCGAUCCAAUCCCUCUAUUCCUUGGAGAACGAUAUUCCGUGUGUGGAGGAACCAGCUGUAAGUGAUCGCUCAUGUUCGCAACCAAAACUACGUUUCGAAUUACCGUCAGAAGGUAAUUCGAUAGGGGAGUGUAAGAAAAUGGAGGUUAAAGGGAAGGAGGCUGCUGCUAUCGACGUUUUGGAAGUCAAUCCGGAUCUGGACGAGACUCGAACGUUGCGUAGUGGGAAACGGCAUUGCCUAAGGCCUUGCCUGUAG